AUGGAUGCUGAGAACAAUGAGCUCGUUUGUAUGGAUGCUGAGAACAAGGCGCUCGUUUGUAUGGAUGAUGAGAACAAGGAGCUCGUUUGUAUGGAUGCUGAGAACAAGGAGCUCGUUUGUAUGGAUGCUGAGAACAAGGAGCUCGUUUGUAUGUAUGCUGAGAACAAGGCGCUCGUUUGUAUGGAUGCUGAGAACAAGGCGCUCGUUUGUAUGGAUGCUGAGAACAAGGAGCUCGUUUGUAUGGAUGCUGAGAACAAGGCGCUCAACAAUGAGCUCGUUUGUAUGGAUGCUGAGAACAAGGCGCUCGUUUGUAUGGAUGAUGAGAACAAGGAGCUCGUCUGUAUGGAUGCUGAGAACAAGGCGCUCGUUUGUAUGGUGGCUGAGAACAAGGGGCUCGUUUGUAUGGAUGCUGAGAACAAGGCGCUCGUUUGUUUGGAUGCUGAAAACAAGGAUCUCGUUUGUAUGGAUGCUGAGAACAAGGCGCUCGUUUGUAUGGAUGCUGAGAACAAAGCGCUCGUUUGUAUGGAUGCUGAGAACAAAGCGCUCAUAUGUAUGGAUGCUGAGAACAAAGGGCUCGUUUGUAUGGAUGCUGAGAACAAAGGGCCUGUUUGUGUGAAUGCUGAGAACAAGGCGCUCGUUUGUAUGGAUGCUAAGAACAAGGCGCUCGUUUGUAUGGAUGCUGAGAACAAAGGGCUCGUUUGUAUGGAUGCUGAAAACAAAGGGCUCGUUUGUAUAGAUGCUGAGAACAAAGGGCUCGUUUGUAUGGAUGCUGAAAACAAAAGACUCGUUUGUAUGGAUGCUGAGAACAAAGGUGGUCGUUUGUAUGGCUGCUGA